AUGCUUUUCCACGAGAAAUUAGACAUAACUCUAAUAAGAUUAGUGCGAGAAAACCCAGUUUUGUAUGAUCACAAUAAUGUAAAAUAUAUGGACUUCAAUGCGCGGGAGGUCGCCUGGCAGAAGAUUGGCGACGAGUUGAAGAGACCCGCGGCUGACUGUAAAGUAAGAUGGAUCAACAUACGCGAUGUAUAUCGACGUAUUUUAAAAAGAAAUUUAGAACAAGGUCGGCGCACGAAAAUGUACAAAUAUGAAAAUGAAAUAUCGUUUUUGCGACCUUUUUAUAAAGAUGUUACAAUUCAGAAUGAAGAAUUUGAGUCCGAUGAUAGAAGCAUUGACGAAGGAAACGACGAAUGUGAUGACGGACCCACUGAUGACAGUUCAAACGAACCAAUCAAGAAGAUUAAAAUUAAAAAAGAAUUUAAUCUGUCUAGUGUUAAGAAAAAGAAGAAAAAGCGUGAAACUUUUGUGGAAGCAGUUGAUCCAAUAAGUACAUCUACAUUCAAUGAGUCGGCACCUCCGGCUGAAUUUGAUUCUGCGGAUCCUAUAGACGCAUUUCUUUUAAGCAUCGGUGCAACUUUAAAAACUUUCUCUCCUUAUCACUUGAAUCUCGCUAAGAGCAAGAUUUUUUCUGUAGUACAAGAACAUGAUCUACAGCAAAUAGUACAAAAACAGCACAACAGUGAAGUCGCACCACACGAAAUCAAAGUUUCCACUUCUGAAGCGAUUUAUAUGGAA